CCGAGCCGGUAUGUUGCCCUCCGCGGGCCGCAGUGCAUCAUGCUCCGUGGCCCCUGCCGCCUCUUCAGGGUCUCCGUGGCACCCGUCGCGGCCCUGGCUGUGGCGCUGGUCUCGUCGCUCUCUCGCUGCUCCCUCCUGGAGCCGGAGAACCGCGUGGUCUUGCCGCUCAGCCCCUACUUCGGCACCAAGACUCGCUACGAGGAUGCCAACCCCGGGCUGCUGCCGGACCCCGAGGCGCCACGGCGGGACCCACAGCUGCUGGAGGAGACCUGCACCCCGGUACAGCUGGUCGCCCUCAUCCGCCACGGCACCCGCUACCCGACCACCAAACAGAUCCGCAAGCUGCGGCAGCUGCACGGACUGCUGCAGGCCCGCGGGCCCGGGGAUGACCGGACCCGCGCUGCCGGCGGCGGCGACCUGGGCGCUGCGCUGGCCGACUGGCCGCUGUGGUACGCGGACUGGAUGGACGGGCAGCUGGUGGAGAAGGGGCGGCAGGACAUGCGACAGCUGGCCCUGCGCCUGGCCUCCCUUUUCCCGGUCCUCUUCAGCCGAGAGAACCGCGGCCGCCUGCAGCUAGUCACCAGCUCCAAGCACCGCUGCGUGGACAGCGGCGCUGCCUUCCUGCAGGGACUGUGGCAGCACUACCACCCUGGGUUACCGCCGCCCGACGUCGCAGACAUGGAGUGUGGACCUCCAAGAAUUAAUGAUAAAUUAAUGAGGUUCUUUGAUCAUUGUGAGAAGUUUUUAACUCAAGUGGAAAGGAAUGCUACGGCUCUUUAUCAUGUAGAAGCCUUCAAAACUGGACCAGAAAUGCAGAACAUUUUAAAAAAAGUUGCAGGUAUUUUGCAAGUGCCAGUCAACAACUUAAAUGCAGAUUUAAUUCAGGUAGCUUUUUUCACCUGUUCAUUUGACCUGGCAAUUAAAGGUGUUAAAUCUCCUUGGUGUGAUGUUUUUGACAUAGAUGAUGCAAAGGAGACCCAGCAGAAAUCCACCAAUGUUGUGUAUCAGGCGCAUCAUGUGAGCAGGAAUAAGAGAGGGCAGGUGGUUGGAACAAGGGGUGGAUUCCGAGGAUGUACCGUGUGGCUGACAGGUCUCUCUGGUGCUGGAAAAACAACGAUCAGUUUUGCUCUGGAGGAGAAUCUCGUCUCCCACGCCAUCCCUUGCUACUCCCUCGAUGGGGACAACGUCCGUCAUGGCCUCAACAAAAACCUUGGAUUCUCUCCUUGGGACAGAGAAGAAAACAUCCGCCGGAUUGCUGAGGUGGCCAGGCUGUUUGCCGACGCUGGUCUGGUCUGCAUUACCAGCUUCAUUUCUCCUUUUGCGAAGGAUCGUGAGAAUGCCCGCAAAAUCCAUGAAUCUGCAGGACUGCCAUUCUUUGAGAUAUUUGUAGAUGCGCCUCUAAACAUUUGUGAAAGCAGAGAUGUAAAAGGUCUCUACAAACGGGCCCGAGCUGGGGAGAUCAAAGGGUUUACGGGUAUUGAUUCCGAUUAUGAGAAACCUGAAACUCCUGAGCUUGUGCUUAAAACCAAUUUGUCCUCGGUGAGCGACUGUGUGCAGCAGGUGGUGGAACUUCUACAGGAGCAGAACAUUGUACCCCACACUAUAAUCAAAGGCAUCCAUGAACUCUUUGUGCCAGAAAACAAACUUGACCAAGUCCGAGCUGAGGCCGAAGUGCUCCCUUCGCUAUCAAUUACCAAGCUGGAUCUUCAGUGGGUCCAAGUUUUGAGUGAAGGCUGGGCCACUCCCCUCAAAGGUUUUAUGCGGGAAAAGGAGUACUUGCAGGUUAUACACUUUGGCACCCUGCUAGACGACGGAGUGAUCAACAUGAGCAUCCCCGUCGUGCUGCCCGUCUCUGCGGACGAUAAGACGCGGCUGGAAGGGUGCAGCGAGUUUGUCCUGACACACGGAGGACGGAAGGUGGCUAUCUUACGAGACCCUGAAUUCUACGAACACAGAAAAGAGGAGCGUUGUUCGCAUGUGUGGGGCACAACCUGUGCAAAACACCCCUACAUCAAAAUGGUGAUGGAAAGUGGGGAUUGGCUGGUUGGUGGUGACCUUCAGGUGCUGGAGAGAAUACGGUGGAAUGAUGGGUUGGACCAAUACCGCCUGACACCUCUGGAGCUCAAACAGAAAUGUAAAGAAAUGAAUGCUGAUGCAGUGUUUGCAUUCCAGUUGCGCAAUCCUGUCCACAACGGCCACGCUCUGCUGAUGCAGGACACCCGCCGCCGGCUCCUGGAGAGAGGCUACCAGCACCCGGUCCUCCUGCUGCACCCCCUGGGCGGCUGGACCAAGGAUGACGACGUGCCCCUGGACUGGCGGAUGAAGCAGCACGCGGCCGUGCUCGAGGAGGAGGUUCUGGACCCCAGGUCCACCGUCGUGGCCAUCUUCCCAUCGCCCAUGUUGUAUGCGGGCCCCACAGAGGUCCAAUGGCACUGCAGGUCCCGGAUGGUUGCAGGGGCCAAUUUCUACAUUGUGGGCCGGGACCCUGCAGGAAUGCCCCACCCUGAGACCAAGAAAGACCUGUAUGAACCUACUCAUGGGGCCAAGGUCUUGACCAUGGCCCCUGGCCUCACCUCUGUGGAAAUCAUUCCAUUCCGAGUGGCUGCCUACAACAAAGCCAAAAAAGCCAUGGACUUCUAUGACCCAGCAAGGCACAAUGAGUUUGACUUCAUCUCAGGAACUCGUAUGAGGAAGCUGGCCCGCGAAGGAGAGAAUCCCCCAGAUGGCUUCAUGGCCCCCAAAGCAUGGAAAGUCCUGACAGAUUAUUACAGGUCCCUGGAGAAGAACAACUAAAUGCCCUUCAGCACCAGAGUUUCUUUCUGAAGUGCUCUGUGAUUUCUUUUUCUAUUUUUGUGAUUAGAUGCUUUGUAUCCAAUUGCUUCUCAAUGAUUGACUUUAAAGUUAAUGUUUUAUAAUGAGGUAAAAAUGUUCUCUAUAAUUUAAAGUCAACAUAUAUAUACACACACACGUGUGUGUGUGUGUGUGUGUGUGUGUGUGUGUGUGUAUAAAGUAAAACUGAAGACCAAACCUUAGCAGGUAAAAGCAAUAUUAUCAUUUCAGAAUGAAAUUUUAGUUGUAUUUUCUACUGCAUCUGAGCAGUAGGUCCCAGAUUUCGUAAAGCUUUGACCAUGUGUCUAGUUUACUUGCCAAAAAGUAAAGCAUGUCUCCCAGCUUAAGUCUUGCCAACCUGCAUUCUCCCAUGUCAUAUACCAGUAGUAAAAGAAAUCAGAUGGGCAGCCCCUUCUAUACAGUUGACAAAAAAAGAAAAAGAAAAGAAAAUCUCACCCCAAAUGAGGAGUGGCUCAUGUCAAGAUUCUUGCCAGUAUUUCCCUCGUGCCCGUAUCCAGCCUUACUGCCCAGUAUCUUAGGUGCUGAAGUAUGACCUGACUGGAGAAACCAAAUGUGUGAAAAUGUGAAGUUAAUCUCAGAGAUCUAUGCAACCUAGUUCUGCCACGGAAGUUAUAUUAUCUAAGAAGAAGAGAAGUCUUAAUAUUUUUCUGUGAAUAACAUAACUCCAGUUAAACGGUGUCUUUUAAUUAAAUAGCAUACAGGGCUUUGAUGAAAAGAUUUGCACCCACGCCUCAAACAAUCUGGCAAUGUUGUGGAGAGUUAAUUUUUCUCCUCUUUGCUGUGGUCAUUGUGUCUAUGGAGAGGCUGCGCCUAUUACCUGCAGCGGCAUCAGCUGUGACCGAAAACAGUUCAGACCAUCAGACUAGCGAGCUGCUGGAACCGGACAAAAACGCAGGAAGCUCCAACCUUUUCAUCUUACAGGUGACCAAACUAAGACGAUGCACAAGCACAGGCUUCAUGAGCUAUGAGCACUGUAACAAAAGUGCCAAAUUGGCAUUUUGGAAGUGCUGGUGGCACUGAACGGGCACCCAGGCCCCUUGACUCCCAGGCUGGUGCUUUGUCUACCCUGUACAACACAGGAGCUGGACCUGGUUUCCCUCAAUUGCCUAACAAAACUCCUUGAACAGAGGGCACUUACCAGUCUUCUUGGAUGCUGUAAGGUCUGGAGCUUUCUAAACCCAGCUGAUUUUAUUGCAGUUGAAAAAAAUACUUUCCCAAAGACUCAUGCUGUUCUGAAACAUGCAACCUCUGAUGGCUUUACUUUCUGGGAGGCAAUCUUGCACCUUCUGCAUAAUUCCUCGUUACUAAGGAAUGUAUGAAGAAAUAGUACCUUUUGUACAUAGGUCUCUCUGGAAGAGACUUAAGACUGGAAAGAGAAAACUGUGAUUUUUUUUCAUACUCAGCUUUGUUUUUUUAAAUGCUAAACCAAGCUAAUGAAAGUUCUUUUGAGAAUAAAUCACAGUGGCCACAGCAAAGUAUGACUAUCUUUAAUAGCACAGUGCCUAUAUUCAUUUAAUCAGAGGUCCUUACUGCCUUUUUAAAAAACAGCAUAUUUAUUGAAAACAUGAGACAAGAUGUAGGUGCCUUAACCAAUGUAUUUUGUGAUUUUUUAAUAUAUUUAAAACUGCUCUUCUGCUUGAGUACCACUUAGUGCAAAUGAUUAUUUCUAUGUACAACUGAUGCUUGUUCUUAUUUUAAUAAAUUUCUCAAAAUGAA